UGUUCUUCUCCGGGAGGAAUUUCACGUUACUCUCGUAAUUGAUUAGCAGAACUACUUUCCUGUUGAUACCCACUUCUUUGUUGGAAAAUACUGUCAAUUUAAAGUGUGGUCCUCUACCUCAACUGCUACGAUAUGGCAGGAAACUUCUGGCAAAGCUCUCACUAUCUUCAGUGGGUCCUGGACAAGCAGGACCUGAUGAAGGAGCGCCAGAAAGACCUUAAAUUUCUGACAGAAGAGGAGUACUGGAAACUGCAGAUAUUCUUUGCCAAUGUCAUCCAGUCUCUGGGGGAACACCUGAAGUUGCGGCAGCAGGUCAUUGCUACAGCAACUGUCUACUUCAAACGCUUCUAUGCCAGGUAUUCGUUGAAAAGUAUAGAUCCAGUGCUCAUGGCUCCUACCUGUGUUUUCCUGGCUUCUAAAGUUGAGGAAUUUGGAGUUGUGUCCAACACCAGGCUGAUCUCUGCAGCAACGUCUGUAUUGAAAACAAGAUUUUCCUAUGCCUUCCCAAAGGAGUUUCCAUACAGAAUGAAUCAUAUAUUAGAAUGUGAAUUCUACCUUCUGGAGUUGAUGGACUGCUGCCUGAUUGUGUACCACCCCUACAGACCACUGCUGCAGUAUGUACAGGAUAUGGGGCAGGAGGACAUGCUACUGCCCCUGGCCUGGCGAAUAGUGAAUGACACAUACAGGACAGACCUGUGUCUGCUCUACCCACCCUUCAUGAUUGCCCUGGCCUGUCUGCAUGUUGCCUGUGUGGUGCAGCAGAAAGACGCCAGACAGUGGUUUGCAGAGCUCUCUGUCGAUAUGGACAAAAUCCUGGAAAUCAUCCGUGUGAUUCUGAAGCUGUAUGACCAGUGGAAAAAUUUUGAUGACAGGAAGGAGAUGUCUGCAGUGCUGAACAAAAUGCCUAAACCCAAGCCCCCUCCUAACAGUGAGAGCGACCAGAGCUCCAACGGGAGUCAGAACAACUCCUACAGCCAGUCAUAGGCAAUGCAUGGCAUCUGCAGUGUCAAUGUAUUAAGGAUGGACCUUUUUAAAAAUGUCACACAGCAUAACCUUGGUGAUACCAGUUGGAAAACCACACUGACAGAGGAAAAUGGCCCUUUCACUUUUGAACUGACAAGCCCCAUCCAAAACAAAGGGGCAUUUCUCCACACGUCCGCUAGUCCCCCUCUCAGAAUCAUCAUGGUCUUGUUUAUCCAGGAAGUAGUCACCAAAAUGUCUGCACUGAGCAGGCAGGUGUGAUGUGUUCCAGACUUGAAAAACAGAUGAGGACGCUGGGGGGACGUGGAGAAGAGGGGAGCCGGGAAUGUGGGGGAAAUAAAUCGGAGAACAUUGGGGUUCACAGCUAUACAGUGUGAUGGUUUGGUAGAAAAAAAAAAAAAGAUUGAUUUAAUGUCAUUGUGAUGAUCCUGACAUCCUUGAACAGUCUCGGGGAGCAAGUCAUUUGAAAUGGGGCUCCGUGGGAUUGAAGAAAACUUGAUCACUAGUACUGUGUGUGCAUGCGUGCGAGUGUGUGUGUGUGUGAGUGGCCAGGCUUGAGAGGGUUUUCAUUCCUCAGGGACUAAUAGUAGUCUUCUCUACUGGUGUCUGUAAAAUGAUUUGAUCCUGUGCUGUUACAGAGUGGAUCUGAUUGGAUAUCAGUCUGUACAACUGUGAUUUGAUUGGAUCCCCUGCCCACUAAGGUCUGUGCUGGUUAGUCACAGACCUUGGCAGGGGAAAUCCCAAGGGAGAAUGUAGGCUCCUCUUUAAGGUAGAUAUUAGCUCUUUGAAUAUCUGAAUUUACUGUUACAAAUCAAGAAACCCCUCCUCCCCAUGCCCUCGUCCCAAUGUAAAUAGCCUUAUAAUUAUAUUUUAUUUUUAUCUCGCUUCUUGGAUGGAAAUUAUGAACGGGGUUAGCUACAUACCUGUGCUUCAGUUGAAAGUGCCCCUGUUUGAUUAAGGAUCAUGAUUAUGUUUGCCUGCUGCGAAGCUUAUUUUUUAUUAUCAUAAUUAUUAUUAUUUUUUUUUUUUCAAUUAUUCUGCUUUAGGUUUAGAAUGAUAUUGUGGUAAUCCAUGUUUUUUUUGUCAAGUUUUUAUUUUUUACCAGUCAAAGGCUUUUUUGCAGUGCUGUCUUAAAGGCAAAAUUAAAUCGCUCUAGAUUUGUUUGCAAAAAUUCAGUUGUGCAUUUUUUUAAUUCAUUGUGUGUACCUCUUAUGCAUUUAAUCAUUGAAUUGUGGCAAUAUAUGUGUGCGUAUACCUGUAGAUGUCUAUAUAUUUUUGUGAUGUAAUACAG